AUGUCGUUCGGCAAAGUCUACGGCUUCGCUGACAACCCGCGCACCCGCUCGCUCAUGGUCGUGGCGAAAGCCAACAACCUCAACGUCGAGCUCGUGGACACCAACCCAGGCAAGGACGGCGUGACGGACGACUACCGCAAGCUCAACAAGCUGGGCCGCAUCCCGACCUUCCAGGGCAGCGAUGGCUACAUUCUGAGCGAGUCUAUUGCCAUUGCGAUCUACCUCACCUCGCAGAACGAGAAGACCACCCUCCUCGGCAAGACCAAGCAGGACUAUGCCUCCAUCCUUCGCUGGAUGUCCUUCGCCAACGCCGAGGUCCUCCCGUCUCUUGGUGGCUGGUUCCGUCCACUCGUCGGCCGCGACCCGUACAACAAGAAGAACGUCGAGGACAGCAUGAAGGCGACGCAGAACAAGAUGAAGGUCUUGGAGGAUCACCUCAUGGUCAACACCUACCUCGUCAGCGAGCGCCUCACCCUCGCCGACAUCUUCGCUGCUUCCAUCCUCGGCCGCGGCUUCCAGUACUUCUUCGACAAGGAGUGGCGUUCGCAGAACCCUUCCGUGACUCGAUGGUACGAGACCGUCACCAACCAGUCUGUGUGGACUGAGGUCGCCGGCAAGCCCGAGUUCAUCGAGAAGGCGCUCGCCAACACCCCACCGAAGAAGGAGGAGAAGCCCAAGCAGGAGCAGCCCAAGAAGCAGGAGAAGAAGAAGGCUGCUGAGGAGGACGACGAGGAGGAAGAGGAGAAGCCAGCACCGAAGCCAAAGCAUCCGCUUGAGGCGCUGCCCAAGCCGACCUUCGUUCUCGACGACUGGAAGCGCAAGUACUCCAACGAGGAGACGCGCGAAGUCGCCCUCCCCUGGUUCUGGGAGAACUGCAAGUUCGACGAGUACAGCCUGUGGCAGGUGGACUACAAGUACAACGACGAGCUCACCAUGACCUUCAUGACGUCCAACCUCAUCGGCGGCUUCUUCGCGCGUCUCGAGGCCUCGCGCAAGUACCUCUUCGGCUGCUGCUCCGUCUACGGCGUGACGAACGACAGCGUCAUCAAGGGCGCCUUCCUCGUCCGUGGCCAGGAGGCGCUCCCGGCUUUCGAUGUCGCGCCCGACUACGAGAGCUACGAGUUCAAGAAGCUCGACCCGAGCAAGAAGGAGGACAAGGAGUUUGUCGAGGACAUGUGGAGCUGGGACAAGCCGAUUGAGGUGAACGGGAAGAAGCUUGAGUGGGCGGAUGGCAAGCAGUUCAAGUGA